GCGGAUCGUCAGUCCAGAGGGAAGACGCCGGCAGGGAGCGGACCUUGGAGCUCCCUGAGUUAUUAUCCGCGGGUCUAGGACAGUAAAAACCCGCAGUCCUCUCUUCUUCUUCCUUCAGUGUCCACUUUUUUCUUUUGCUCUGGUUAUUUGGAUAAUUUUUGCUCUUUAACAACAAAUUUAAAGCCACUCUAACAGCAGGAGCAACACUUUAAGCAGGAAAACUCAGGUGAAAAUGGCUCCCAAAAGACGAAAGACUGCAGAAAAACCACCGGACAUCAGACGCUUCUUUGGGAAGGAAAAUGAUGUUCCUGGCGGUCGCAUCCAAAAACCAAAAGAGAAGCCUGAGGGCGUGGCAGAGCCUCUGAUGCCUAAGCAAACACCACUGAAAGUGAAGCACGAAAAUGGAAAUGAUUUUCCGGUUAGCCAUUCCCAUCGCUUCACAGUAAAAUUCAAGGCAACUGAUCGUAAAGAGUACACCAUCGACUGUGAUCAACCACGCUCAGUCCUGGAGGCAAUAAAAUGCAGUCUUGACACAACUGAUAAGAUGAUAAAAUGUGCAGAUGAGAGCAUUAUCAUUCAGCUGGGUAAAAAAGAUAGGGAUUCUGUGGUUCCGACACAUUUCCCUUGCUCUUGCGUUGGUGAUGGGGAGUCACUGAUUAUACUUUAUAGUAAAAUGGAGAAGAUUGAAGUAGUUCAGGAGCAGCAUGACAAAACCAUACACCCUAGAGAGGAGUAUUCUGUCUUCUACAUUGAUACAGUUGGAGGUCUGAAAACCAAAACAAAGGAUUUGUUCAGAAGCAAAGUGAUCAAACAGUUCAAGUAUCUCUGUGUUUACGGGGAAAAGGGGAUGACUGUAGAGGAGGCUCUGAAGCGUGAUGGUCGAUUCGUUGACCAUCUUGGAGAAUUCACAUUAUCCGAUAACGACAACCCCGACCGCCUCACUGUGCGCACACAGAGAGUGGACAGCCUCCACCAGAAGGCUUUUAAGAUACGUCUUCCGCUGAACAAACGAGAAAGUGUUGAAAACCCAGCACGCUCCAUCCUAGAUGUUGCUCUCGAGAGUGGAAAUAGCGUUAAAAAGGCGAUUGAACAGCCAGGCAGCAGCGUCAAUGUUGAUGAGAUUUACGAACUUCUGCGUCAGCAGUUUCCAGAUCUGAAAACAUGGAUGGAGAGCAGGUUCCCUGGUGAUUCUUAUCAGCAAGCACUGAACCUGAGAAAUGAGAUGUUUGGAAAGAUCCAACAAUCUUUCUGUGAAGUUCAUAGAAUUGAGAAGUUGCUGAAAAUGGGCAAAUCUGUCUGUAAAGUAAUUGUUUCCAAUGUUUCUCAGGGAACAGGCUUUGUGCUGUUCGACAGGUUUAUCCUGACCAGUGCACACUUGUUUAAAGGGUGUGUCCUAGGAAACACCCUAGAGGAUCAUAUAAAUGUCUCUGCUCUGUUUAACUAUGAUGAUCCAGAGCCAGAGACAAAUUUCUUUUUCUUCUAUGCUGAGAAAAUAUUCGUUGACAUUGACAAUGAGCUGGAUUAUGCCGUACUCGAGCUCAAACCCGAGGGCCAAAGAUUCAGCCCGAAAACCAAAUCAGAAAACGUCAAAGUACCACCAGGGCUGCUGAACAAAUUUGGACCGCUUCCUAGAAAUGGUGAGGCCUGUAUUAUUGGCCACCCUGCAGAAGGCGUGAAGAAAAUUGAUCCUACAUGCAUCAUCGAGCCAGAACACAGAGGACAGGCUGUCAACGAUCAUUUAGCCAAAUACAAAGACUCAAUGUUCAUCCUUCAGUCCGUCUUUCAAAUCAAGAAUCGAGGGAUUGACGACAUAAUGAUGGGUGGAGAAAAAGCAGAAAAGGUGGCAACUUACCACACUUUCAUGUAUCACGGAGCUUCUGGCUCUCCAGUGUUUGAUGCACAUGGUCAGCUUUUUGGGCUUCACACUGCAGGAUACGGUUACGGGCUACCAGAGAUGAAAGACAGCGUCAUUGAGUACGCCCAUCCUCUGCUCGCUGUGUUUGAAAAAUUUGUGAGUAAUCUGAAGGAAAGGGAAAAUGAUGAGAUGCUGCAAAAGCUUAAAGAGGCAGUGACAGAGAACCAGCACCUGAAACAGAUACUCCAGAUUGAGCCAAUGGAGGUAGAUUAGACUGACUGUAGACAUGCUACAGACGCAGAUUUCAAGUCAAAAUAUUCCACCUACAUCUUUAACUUCCACAACAUUCUGAAAUGUAAUUGCAUGAAUACAAUAUACCCAGCCAUUGAUUUGUUACACUGGCUAAAUCACUGAAUCACGGAUAGCAUAGUGCCCAUCGUUAGCAGGCUUCAACUGCCGGUCUCUCACAGAGACAAGUAAAACAACUCUUAACGCUCUCAUGUCUUAGUGCAUGUUUAGAGUGUUGGAGGAAUCUGGAGUACCCAGAAAGAAACUUACAAAUGCAUAGAGAGACCACCCAAUUCCUUACAGAAAGGUCCUGGUUAAAAUUCCAGCCCAAGACCUGGACCAUGUUACCGGAUCUGUUUUCUCCCGUUUAGUUAAAUUACCUCCUGGUCCUUCAACAGUGAUUUCCACAGGAGUAGAAUCAACAAGAAAAGCAACUACAAAUCUUUUCUUUUUAUAAACAAGAUGGGACGUUCCUCCAGCCAUUGUUUAUACAUACCCAUUUAUCUUAUCGUAUUCGUCCUGUAACCAACGGGUUGCCGUUUUCGAUCCCCCAUUCCGACCAUCUCAGUUGUGUCCUUGGGCAAGACACUCUCACCCGCAUUGCUUGUUGCUGGUGGUCAGAGGUUUGACCACCAGCAACCUUGGUGCCACCAAUGUAUGGCAGCCUUGCUGUCCAUCUGUCCAUCAGCCCCAGGGCAGCUGUGGCUACAAUGUAGCUCA